CGAGUUUACCAACACUGGCUGCGAAAUCAAAAUAAAAAUGUUGCUUUUUUUGAAGAACUCUGUAAAGAUAUCGAAAUAUGCAACAGGUUGCGUGCCACAGGUUCUUCGCUUCGCCAGCAAUGGCCCCAGUGAUUUGGUCCUGGUCAAGGAGCAGAAUGGCGUGCGGGAGAUAACGCUGAAUCACCCAAAGACUCUCAACUCCCUCUCACUGGACAUGAUGUGUGCCCUUCAAGAUGCCCUGCUGAAAGACAAGGACAAUGUGGAUCUAAGAUGCGUGGUCCUGACGGCCCAAGGAAAGAUCUGGUCGGCAGGGCACAAUCUCAAGGAGCUGCACAAUGACCCCAAGAUACAGGCUUGUGUGUUUCAGAAGCUCACCGACGUUAUCAACGACAUCCAGAGGCUGCCGGUGCCGGUUUUAGGUAAAGUCAAUGGCUAUGCGGCUGCUGCAGGCUGUCAGCUGGUGGUCUCAUGUGACAUGGUAGUCUGCACCAAGAACAGCAAGUUCUCCACUCCCGGGGCUGGCGUCGGAGUAUUCUGUUCCACACCCGGCGUCGCGGUUGCCCGCAUUAUGUCGCGUCCAAAGUCCGCCUAUAUGCUAAUGACCGGUCUUCCUGUCACCGGGGAAGAAGCCUACAUUUCGGGAAUGGUCACCAAAGCUGUUUCUGCUGAGGAACUAGAUAAGGAGAUCGAGGAAAUCACCAACGCCAUCAAGGCCAAAAGUCGGGCCGUCAUCUCUCUGGGAAAGGAGUUCUACUACAAGCAGCUGGCCAUGUCCCAGGCAGAAGCCUUUUCGGCUGCGCAGGAGAAGAUGUGCGAGAACUUCCAGCUGGGCGACACCAAAGAGGGCAUUGCCAGCUUCUUUGAGAAGCGCCCACCCAACUGGAAGCACAACUAAUCGAAACGUACGAUGUAAAACUAUGAAACAAAACUGGCCAACUGUGCAUUUAUACUCGUAAGCUUGAAUUGUCCAAAGUGACUAAAAAAUUGUUAAUAUGAAACGUUAUUUAUAAAAUGAUGUUUGUAUAAAAUGUUGAACACGA